AUGGCAGGAGGGGCAGGCGAUGCGACCGAAAAGCCUACAUAUGAGCCUUUCGAUCCCCUGCCUACAGUUGGUGAAAUAAUUCAAAUCGAUUUUGAUGCGCUCAACAUGGCCACCUUUGCCCCAAUACCUUAUAAAUAUGUGCCAACUGCCUCGCGUCCUCGGGGCGCGAACGCUCGCCGCAAACCUACCCCAGAGCAAUCCAGUAUCCUCAACGACCACUCUCCCGCCAAGCAGAAGGGAGUCGCACUCGACGCUCCAUGGCCAGCAGUAGGCGCAGCAACUGAUGAAAAAGGCAGCGGCAUGCCCGGAUAUCAAGUUAAGAGUAGCAAUGCAUAUUUCGGUAACAGUGGCGAUUAUAGCGACGACUACUUCCCCACAAUCGAGGAGCUUUUGCACACCAAACUACAGACGGCGGGCUUUGGCCUGGGGGAACCAGGUAAAGAACACAUCAGAGGAGCUGUGGAAGAAUGUUUGGCGAAGGUCAGGUCCAUCGACCAAGACACGUCAGUAUCGAGCGUCAGUUCUAGUGGUGACCAAGGUGAGCACCCCUAA